GCAAGCCCUGGGCUGGGCAACGUUGCAGCCAGCGUUCAUUUGCAAUCGCGGCCAGCCCGGGGCACUGGUGUUUGUGGUAUAUAAGAGACACGGAGCGUCGCUCCCACUCACAUCCUGCUGCCUCUCACACUUUCUCUCUCCGCCCCAGCGCCACCUAAACCAGCAAGAUUUCGCCCGCCAGGAGACCGGGCGAGAGAUCCCAGCCCGACUUACACCUCGGCCGUAAGUCGCUGGUGGCGGCGGCAGUCGGGGUGGCAAUGGUAUUGAUCCUGGUCAUUGUCAUCCCGGUGCUGGUCAGCUGGCUGGGUACGGCUGCCCACUACCAGAUGCUGGGCACCUGCCGCAUGGUGUGCGAGCCCUACCUGGGCAGUAGCCCAAGCAUCAGCCCCGGUCUCGAAGCGCUGAGCGAACAGCAGCACCUGGCGCCUCCCUCUACCCUGCUCCAGGGAGCUCCGGGUAAACCGGGACGUCCCGGCAAACCAGGGGCGCCGGGGCCGCCAGGAGAGCCGGGACCCCCGGGCCCGAGGGGGCCAGCGGGAGAGAAGGGGGAGGCGGGAAAGCCGGGGCUACCCGGUGUCCCAGGGGCCGGUCCGGAUGCUAUCAGCGCCGCCACCUACAGCACCGUGCCCCGGGUGGCGUUCUAUGCCGGCCUGAAAAACCCGCACGAGGGAUACGAGAUCCUCAAGUUCGACGACGUGGUGACCAACCUGGGCAAUCACUACGACGGCUCCAGUGGCAAGUUCACCUGCUCUAUCCCCGGCACCUACUUCUUCACCUACCACGUCCUAAUGCGAGGCGGCGACGGCACCAGCAUGUGGGCAGAUCUCUGCAAGAACGGACAGGUCCGCUCCAGUGCAAUCGCCCAGGACGCCGACCAGAACUACGACUACGCCAGCAACAGCGUCAUUCUCCACUUGGACGCGGGGGAUGAAGUUUACAUCAAGCUGGACGGUGGCAAAGCACACGGCGGCAACAACAACAAGUACAGCACCUUCUCGGGAUUUAUAAUUUACACCGACUGAAGCGGCAGCUCCUGUAACCAGGAUCCGCUCCACUUCGAGGUCCCGUCUGGGUGCAAUCACUGGAAGGGGGCAGCGUUUCCCAGCCGGGACCGCGCCUCACUAACUCUUAUAGUCUGUUAAGGAUAUUUAUCUGCAAAAAUUGAUUAGUGUCCGAGGGCCGAGCAGCAGUGUUCCUGCGGCCGGCCGUUUUCCUGAAGUUUUCUGGCGGUGAUGUUUGAUUCGGAUCUUUCUCAGCUUGGUACCUGUUCCUCAAUAGAUAUCAGCUCAAGCAGAUUGAGUCGGCCACUUGUCCUUUCAUCAAUUACUUCUAAACCAUCAGCAGCCCCGAGACUGGACUGGAAACUCCAUUCCGGACGCAUAGGGAGGACAGAAGCCCCUUGGCUUCUGGGUGGGGGUAGGCAGCGAAUAUACGCAUCUGACCCUCUGUAAUGUGACGUUCUCGUAUAAACUGAGAGCAUUAAGUGUUUCGUUUGACGCAUCCGUGGGCGAGCGGUAUCAACUUGGCAUCCAGUUUGCCGGGGUGAGGGGUCUGUCAGUGCGCCAUUUGGUUUGUCGGACAAAUGAAGCCCAUGUGAGCAGCACAUUGCACCAAGCCAGAGACAGUGCUGUCCGCUGGACUUGUACAUAACUACACCAGACACAAAUUAAGUUUUAUCUUGCCCCUGGACAAACCGAAUGGACCGGAGAUUCUAAACUUUAGCCCCUAUCCGCCCCUCAGAAGGACACGUGUACUCUUUUCAGGCAAACCCAUACGCCCCGUUGCCCAGACUGUUUCUUGCGUGAGAUGUGGGAACUUUGGGAGACCGCCGGUCUUCCAGAUAACUACAUCUGCACGAAGUGCAUCGAACUGCAGCUCCGCUUCCUUGACACGGUCUCUAAGGAGUUAAGGGACUGAAGCUGCAGCUCGAUGACCUUCACUUCAUUCGGGAGAAUAACGAGGCGAUAGGAGCAACAGUCACCCCGAAGUUUCAGGAGUCAGGUAGCUGGGUGACUGUCAGGAGAGGGCUCAAUAGUAAGUAUACCGCUUUGAAUACUUUGAGGGGUGGGGGGAGACGGCCUACCAGGAGGAAGCCGCAGUGACCGGGUCUCUGGAACUGAGUCUGGCUCUGUGGCUCGGAAGAAAGGGCGGGGGCGAGGGGAGAAGAGGGCUGCAGCAGUGAUGGGGAUUUCAUCGUUAGGGGAGCAGAUGGGAAAUUAGGUCGACGUGAAAAGACACCUGGAUGGUAUCUUGCCUCCCAGGCGCCAGGGUCAGGGGUGCCUCUGAUUGGGUCCACGACGUUCUAAAGCCGGAAGUCGUGGUACAUAGUGGUACCAACGACGUAGGUAGGAAAAGGGAGGAGGUCCUGAAGAUGGAUUAUAGGGAGGCAGGCAGAAAGCUGAAAAGCCAGACCGCCAGGGUAGUAAUCUCUGGAUUGCUGUCUGUGCCACGUGCCAGUGAGGCUAAACAUAGGAUAAUUUGGCAGAUGAAUGUGUGGCUGAGGAACUGAUGCAGGGGACGGGGUUUCAAAUUACUGGAUCAUUGGGAUAUCUGCUGGGGAAAGUACAAAAGGGCGAGUGACACCUGACCCCGAGGGGGACCAACAGAUCCUCAGGAUCUCCUCCCAUUUCCUACAUGUGACGCUGGUACCAAUAUGUACCAUGGCUUCUUGCUGUUCACCUUCCCCCAAUAUCCUCAUGGACAGGUUUGCUAGAGCUGCUGCGGAGAAUUUAAACUAAGUUGGCAAGGGGUUGGGAACCAGAGUGGUAAGGCAGAGGAUGGGGCAGUUUGUAUACAAGCAGAUGCAGUGAUGAGACUGGGAGGAAGGACAGGCAGAUGAUAGGGUAAAUAUCAGACAGUGGAAUGAGUUGAAGUGUAACACAAGGAGAAAAAUUUAAAAGGUUGAUGAAUACAGGACCGAAGGUGUUAUAUUUAAAUGCACUCAAUUUAUGGAAUAAGAUAGGUGAUCUUAUAGAACAGUUGCAGAUUGAUAGGUAUGACAUUGUGGGCAUCUCUGAGUCUUGGCUGAAAGAAGAUUAUAAUUGGGAGCUUAACAUCCAAGGAUACUCAUUGUAUUGAAAGGAUAACCAUGUAGGAAGAGGGAUUCUCGUUGCUCUUUUGGUAAAAAAUGAAAUCAAAUCCUUAGAAAGAGAUGACACAGGAUCAGAAGAUGUAGAAUAUUUGUGGGUAAAGUUAAGAAACUGAUGGGAGCUGUAUACAAGCCUCCAAAUAGUAGACAGAAUGUGGGGUACAAAUUACAAUAGGAGAUAGAAAAGGUAUGUAAAAAGGCCAAUAUUAAAACAGUCAUGGGGAGUUUCAAUAUGCAGGAAGAUUAGGAAGAUCAUUUUGGUGCUAGAUCCCAAGAGAAGGAAUUUGUAGAAUGCCUAUGAGAUGACUUUUUAGAGCAGCUUUUUGGAUUGGGUAUUGUGUAAUGCACCAAAUUUGAUUAAGGAACUUAAGAAACUCCUAAAAGGUAGUUAUAAUAGAAUUCACCCUGGAAUCUGAGAGGGAGAAAAUAAAGUCAGAUGUAUCAGUAUUACACUGGAGUAAAGAGGCACGAGAGAGGUACUGGCCAAAGUUGAUAAGAAGGAGACACUAACAGGGAUGAUGGCAGAACUGCAAUGGCUGGGGUUUCUGGGGAAAUUUGAUAGGCACAAGAUAGAUGCAUCCUAAAGACAAAGAAGUAUUCUAAAGGGAGGAUGAGGCAACUGUGGCUGACAAGGGAAGUCAAAGACAGCAUAAAAGCAAAAGAGAGGGCAUACAAUAUAUCAAUAAUUAGUGGGAAGUUAGAGGAUUGGGAAGCAUUUAAAAAACCAACAGAAGGCAACAAAAAAAAACCACGAGAGAAAAAAUGAAAUAUGAAGGGAAGCUAGCCAAUAAUAUAAAAGAGCAUACCAAAAGUUUUUCCAAAUAUAUAAACAACAAGUAAAGGUGAGUGGAUAUUGGACCAUUGAAAAAAGAUAAUGGAGAGGUAGUAAUAGUGGACAACAAAAUGGCGGAGGGACAUAAUAGAUAUUUUGUGGCUGUCUUCACUGUGGAAGACACCAGUACUAUGCCAGAAAUACAAGAGUGUCAGGGAGCAGAAGUGAGUGUUGUUGCUAUUAUUAAGAAGGUGUUUGGAAAGAUAAAAGGUCUGAAGUUAGAUAAAUCACCUGGACCCAAUGGACUAUAUCCCAGAGUUCUAAAAGAGGUAGCUGAAGAGAUUGUGGAGGCAUUAGCAAUGAUCUUUCAAGAAUCACUAGAUUCUGGAAUGGUUCCAAAAGACUGGGAAAUUGCAAAUGUCACAACACUCUUUAAGAAGGGAGGGAGACAGAAGAAAAGAAACUAUAGGCCAGUUAAUCGGACUUCAGUGGUUGGGGAAGAUGCUGGAGUCCGUUAUUAAGGAUGAUGUUUCAGAAUACUUGGAGGAUCAUGAUAAAAUAGGCCAAGGUCAGCAUGGUUUCCUUAAGGGGAAAUCUUGCCUGACAAAUCUGGUGGAAUUCUUUGAGGAAAUAACAAGCAGGAUAGACAAAGAAGAGUCAGUGAGUGUUAUUUACUUGAAUAUUCAGAAGGUGCCACACAUGAGGCUGCUUAACAAGCUAAGAGCCCAUGGUAUUAGAGGAAAGAUACUACCAUGGAUAGAGCAUUGGCUGAUUGGUAAGGGGCAAAGAGAGGAAAUAAAGGGGACCUUUUGUGGUUGGCUGCUGGUGGUUAGUGGUGUUCCUCAGAGGUCGGUGUUGGGACAGCUUCUUUUCACGUUAUAUGUGAAUGAUUUGAAUGACAGAAUUAAUGGCUUUGUGGCCAAGUUUGCGGAUGCUGAAAAGAUAGGUGGAGAGGCAAGUGUGUUGAGAAAGUAGGGAGUCUGCAGAAGGACUCAGACAGAUUGGGAGAAUGGGCAAAGAAGUGGCAGAUGGAAUAUAGUGUAUGGAAUUGUAUGGUCAUGCACUUUGGUAGAAGGAAUAAAGGCAUAGGCUAUCUUCUAAAUGGGCAGAAAGUUCAAAAAUCGGAAGUGCAAAGGGAGUUGGGAAUCCUUGCAGGAUUCAACUUGCAGAUUGAGUUGGUGAUAAGGAAGGCAAGUGCAAUGUUAGCACUCAUUUCGAGAGGACUAGAAUAUAAGAGCAAGGAUGUAAUGCUGAGGCUUUAGAGAGCAUUGGUCGAACUGUACUUGGAGUACUGUGGGUAGUUUUGGGCCCCUUAUCUCAGAAAAGAUGUGUUGGUAUUGGAGAGGGUCCAGAGGAGGUUCAUGAGAAUUAUUCUGGGAGUGGCCCCUUAUCUAAAAAAAGAUGUGCUGGCAUUGAAGACGGACCAGAGGAGGGUCAUGAGAAAUAUUCUCAGAAUGAAAGGAUUAAUGUGUGAGGAGCAUUUGAUGACUCUAGGCCUAUACCUACUGGAGUUUAGAAGAAUGAGGGUAGAUCUCAUUGAAACCUAUCAAAUACUGAAAGGUCCGAAAAGAGUGGAUGUUGAGAGGAUGUUUCCUAUACUGGGUGAGCAUAUAACUAACCAGAAUGAGGGCACAUCCUCAGACUUGAGGGACAUCCAUUUAAAACACAGAGGAGGAGUAAUCUCUUUAGCCAGAGGAUGGUGAAUCUGUGGAAUUCAUUGCACAGGCGGCUAUGCAGUAUUUAAAGUAGAGGUUCUUGAUUAGUCAGGGCGUUGAAGGUUACUGGGAGAAGAAAGAAGAAUGGGUUUGAGAAAGCAUAACAAAUCAGCCAUGAUGGAAUAGUGGAGCAGACUCGAUGGGGCGAAUGCCCUAAUUAGAACCAUAGAACAUUACAGCACAGAAACAGGCCUUUUGGCCCUUCUCGGCUGUGCCAAACCAUUUCUCUGCCUAGUUCUAUUCCUAUGUGGUAUGGUCUUAUGGACUGAGUGCAGAAACUGUAACAAACGGAAUCUUAUUUUACAAUGAGCGAUUGCACACACACGAAUGAACUCCGGGACAUUAACUAGCCAGGACUAAGGGCAUUAAGGCAGCAACAAAUCCAUCAUCAAUCACCUGGCGAUAAACAGUUGGGUCUUCACGUUUCAGGUCGCCCCUGGGGAUCGAGAUAUCCUGUUCCCACUCUGGUUCUGUGGGUUGUAAGGAGGUAGUGGGGGUGUGAAGUCACUUCACUGGGUUCCUGGCGAGCGAAUGCGCUUGCUGUCUUCCCGGACGCUCCCACCCCAUUGUCACCAGCCACAGAUCCCCACACGUCACCGAAACUGUAACAAAUUACUUAGAGCUUGAUCUGUUUAUAAUCCACGUUUACUGUCAGUAAUCCAUGUUUCUCAAGCGGAGGAUGAAUCAUAUUGUCAUCUAGACUACAAGCUUGGUGCUGGUUUGGGGUUAAUUUUCGAACACUGUCAUCGGUCGUCAAAGCUUGCAAAGCUGCACUUGGGUUGCGGGUAGGUUUCACUCUCCCUCUGAAUCUUUGCCAGUAGGACCUCCCCGAGCUGCUAAUUUCUCGAUAUUUUCCGGGGCCUUCACUGUCAGCGAGCAGCGUUGUGAAAUGAGGGCAGGUUGGUACAAGAUGUCCGUUUGGCAAAUGUUGGGUGCAAGGCCAGUCUCUUUCCUGCUUCAGCUGACCUGGAGCCUGGGCUCUGAACCUGAGGCAAACGCAGACGUGAACUAUACUGAGUGGCCGAGCUUGGAAUGACCAGCGUUUUGGAACACACGUGAAGGAGGUUUACAUUAGAUCCAAUAUAGCGGGAGGCUGCAAUGGCUAAGAAAAGGGAUGCAGCCUUGCUCGAGUCCAUUCACGCACUUGAACAUACACACACUGUAGUGCAGGUAUGGCCAGAGUCUGUCCUGCUGAAACGAGUUAAUUUAACAGCUCCCGUCCAGUUAUCCUUUCCAUAUGAUCCAACCCGUCUCUAGUAUUAUGCGUUACACACCCCUCCAGCAGAAGCAAUGACUGGCCAACAGAAACGAGCAGGGAAGAAAGGGGCCUCGGUAUCAGUUGCAGCAGCUGAUCCGGAGGGCAAUAGAAGCAAGUGGAAGCGGGAGGCAGGAAAACUGGGCCGAGACUAACAUGAAAACUGGUGCUGAAUUUCUUUCCCCGUAGCUCCGCUGAAUGACUUUUUAAAAAUGCAGAUUCUGAGAAUCUGAAACUACAACAGAAAAUGCGGAAAACAUUCAGCAAGGUCAGUCCGCAACUGCGGCAAGACCAUAACUAUUGUAUAAUAGUUAAUGUUUCAGGUCAAUCGACAUUUUCUAUUUAUGCUGCUCGGUUUAAACGAUUUGUUUUCAUUCUUUGUUGGCAGAAAUCCAUGUGCCAGUGAACGACUCCUCUCCUGCCUAGCUUUCUGACACUGUUGCCGACCUGGCGUUCUGCAUGCAGCCUUUGCCCCUUAAAUUGUGCGGCCAGAGUCUUUUUAAACUGGCCAGGACCUGUACCUUGUGAGAAUUACGGGAUUUUUACAGAGAACAUUUCCUCGUAAGAGAAUUUCUGCAGAGGAAUGUUCCAAAAGUCACUGCAGUGCCUGCAGCUUCUGGCGACCCCACGCCCUCACACCGCAGGUUAGCCCUGCACAACUGAGGAAUUCUCACACAUUUUUGGGUAAUUCGCAGAUUAGACCAUUUCUUUCGUUCGGGACAAAGUACCUCACUUUAGUUCAGUUCCGGGCCCAUAGCUCUGUGUAUCAAGGAUUAGUUCGUUUUGAAAGUUCCUUCAGUUCCUCUUACGCGAGACCGGCUUGUUUCAUUAUAUCACGUAUGUGGGCGUUGGGCUAAACGAUCAUUUAUUACCGAAGUACAGGGGUCGAUGCCUUCUGGAAGCACUGAGUCCUGCUGAAGGCACUCACAGGAGCUGGUAGUUAAGGUUUAUGAAUAUUCAUUACGUGUAAAUACAGUUUGAACCAAUUAGGCUGCUUUGUCACACGUGUCGGAUUUUGCAAAAGUUAGUUCAGUACAUGGCGCAUUAAUUCCAAUCUUCAUAUUCAGUUCCGAUUGCCACAAAUUAACCAGCUUCUGCCCGCUACAAGUCAGGCAUCUCUCCAGGUCCUCAGAGUACAGUUCACCCCUCAGGCCCCCUGCAGUCUGUUAAGUGCUGACCCAGUUCUAUCACACGUGUGAUCGGCUUCUGUUUCUCCAAAUUAGUUCAGUGCAUCACAAGUUAAUUAUUUCUCUUUCAUCUUGCUUUCUUCCACACGCAAUAGUCCAACUUCUUGCAGCUUCUUCCAUUUCUUGAUACUUUGAUCCAGUUCAUCCACACACAUUAAUACUGGUCCUGCAACAUCUGUCAACUUCAUACAUCAGCUGAUCUUCUCCUUAUUCCAUUCAGAUUCUCUGUUUUGUCCUGAUCCAGUUUAUUGUACAUCAUUUCCCCUGCUCUCCUCCUUCGACAAUCUCCCCUGACCAAGUCCACCUCCUCAAAAUUAUUAGUCUUGUUCCUCAAACAUUUAUACAUGUCUUCCCCUGUUAGUCACAUUACAUGUCCUCAUACAUUGUAUUGCCUCACAGUUAGCUCUUCACACUGUUGGGAAGCUAAGUUUGAAGUAGAGACGUCAUUAGCUAAGCAAAGUAAUAGCCCUGAAGACUAUAACACUAGAGUGGAAGUAAAUGAUCUCCAUCCUAGGCUUUGAAAGGAAUUGGGUGAAGACAUCACUGAUCUCGAAAUAUCAUCAUGCAAAGUUUGAUGCAUCAACCUUCCCUUAGCAGUGAGGAAUUUCAUGAACUACUCCUCUAUUUCAGCAAGUUGCAAAAGAGAAAUCAUAGUCUAUGCUGGGAAGUUACCUCCAUUGAUCAGGGUUGGACAUGGGCGUUGCAUCCUAGCUGUCUAUGCAAGCCAGGACAGUACAAUAUGGAGAGAAGCUGUUGCCCGUGCAGCAGGCCUCCCCCCACCCCGUCACACAGCCAGUGAAUCCAAAGGAACGGCAGAGACUGACACAACCAGCAGUGUCGCAGGAGUUGCCCUUCAGCAUUGGACUUAACAAAGGACUGCCUUAGUGACUCCAGCUCCAGAUUUUUCCUCAGGGUUUACUCCCAUAGCUUUCCCCAUGAGUGGGUAUGGCCACAAGGCAGCGGAGGUUUGAGAUCAGAGUUUUCCUUCUCCUAGAUGAGCUACCAACUAUGGCUGACAAGCCACAUUUGCCCCAAGUGACUAGUUUUAAGGUGUCAUUAACCCACUUUUGCCUCUUCACCUGUCAGUAGAAAUGGUUCCACUGGACUUAGCAACUAAGCCACAUGUGAAGACCAGAAGCUGGACUUCUGGGACUUUUGUCAGAGGCUAUUUGAUAUGCAUGUCAUUGGGAACAUUUAAUAUAUAAUGGGAGCUUAUCCACACUCCUCGGUUAUGAGAACCAUAAGGAACCAGGGAAGUUCCCAGAACCCAUGAUUAAGCACGGAGAGUCUGAAUGCCUUGACAUUUUCAGAUGAUGGAUUGGAGAUGGUAAAGAGCAGGUCAUACAUCACAAGCCAGAUUGAGUUAUUUGCAGAGGUGUUGAAUAUUGGGGAAGGUAAUGCUUAUGGAUAUUAAUCAUAUGAACUUUGGAAAAAAUUACUUCCAGCUGACUAUUUGCUAAAAUUAAAGGCCAUGAUAUUGAAGGCAAAUUAUUGAUGGCUAGGAAAUGGGAAUUAAAAGAAACUGAGAGAAAUGUUUAGUUGUUUUCUAAUCAGUGGGAUGUGAGUAAUGAUUUUCAGCACAUCAGCUUGGCCUUCUCUGAUCAUUCCAUGAUUGUCCCAUUCAGUUUGUGCAUCAGUUAGGUGGAUGCUACCCAAUGGAUUCAAUGUCAUCAGGAGUUAACAGUGGUCCACCAUGUUUAAUGUAGCCAAAGACAGUUUACUGCAGCUGCAGAUACUUUUUGAGAAUAUCUUUAGUGAACUGAACUCUCACACAACGGCCCUCACUGGGAUCUCAAGAAGAAUUGAUCCUUGAAUGCUUGAGGAAGAACUGGAUUUUGCAGAGAGUGGUCCACUCCUCCCUUCAGCUGCUCUCCCCUCACCCCCAUCUUCCUGCAACUUGUCCUGGUCUGCACACAGGUCUGGAUUUGUAGCAAAUAUUCCUCCAGCACCUGCCACAACUCUCCCCCUACAACAGCGGGAAAUGCCAAACAUAACAAUCGCUAGUGAAGAUUCGCCAGUGACCAGCUGGAAGUUGUGGACGACCCUCUGAAGAGGAUCUUGCCGUUGGUUAACGUAGUGUGAGGUUUAGAGUGAAGAGCUGGUAACUCUGGUAUCAGGUCAGUGUUGCAUACCAGCUGACAUCGUGAUCUGCCUUCUCUGCACACCUUGUUUCCCUGGUCCAUUUAAUGGAGAUAUUUAUGUUGAGCCUCUCUCUUUAAAACAGGGUAUUGAGGUUAUGAUGGAAAUAACAUUUUUUAAAUAUAUUACUAUAGUAAGAUUUCCUGUUUAAAAAGGUUUUCUGAUGGCGGAACAAGGGGCUUUUAAAUUUAGACCCUACGUCCUGCCAGCUCUGUCUGGGUACGGUUCUCUAUAUGUGUUAGCUGAAGUAGCAUAUGCACUGUUGAACUGCGAACAUAAUUGUACUGGGGUAAUGUAAUACAAACAUGUUAUCAGUCUCAGUAACUUAAUCAGCUUUAGUGCAGACUGCAAUCUCAACCUGCUUAAAGCUACCCUGGCAUUGACGGGGUAGAUCAUAGAAUGUGAAGCCAAGAGCGAGAAUAGGGAAGAGGACAAACAGACAAAUAGUCACUGCCACCACUGCAAGCAACUGAAAGGCUAGCAUAGCCUUUAUAGGCAUAGGACCAUUCGGGAAGCUUAUUAAACACUGGCCAAGACCCAUAGUGAUGCACAAUAAACAUUCACAAGCUGAGAAUGAGUUUAAUGGAUAAUGUAAUUGCCAUGCAGGAGUGUUUUUUCAAUGGUCUUGUCCAUCGAGUAUCUAUGUAUCCAAUACCUACAGUAUCUGUCUGGUAUCUAUUUUCCCAGUAUCCUGUAUGUACCUUUCCAAUACCUGCUCUCUUCAUAACCAUGUAAUCAAUAACUAUUUUCUACACUAAUCCUGGAGUUUGUUCUCUUCGACUAUGGAAAUCUUUGGUAAUUGGGUCAGCUGUAAUGACCUCUAUUGUGACAUGUGGUCUCCAGUUCAAGCAAAUUACACUGAUAUGUUGUUAAGUGAAUUUUAAAUGGUUCAAAGUGGUUUUAUCAUUAAAGUAUGUUA